AUGCACAUCACCGUCGUCCCGGCAUCCACGAGAACAGGCCAGGCCGCCAUCCGCGCCCUCCUCGCCGACCCCUCCAACCCAACCGUAAAGGGCGUCUACCGUGACCUUUCCAAGGUUCCCGCCGAAUUCAAGUCUCACCCGAGAUUUGAAGCCGUGCAAGGCAACGUCGAGGACGCGUCUACCCUCGACUUUACCGGUUCCGAUGCCGUGCUGAACAUCACCCCGCCUGUGUAUGACGAGCGGGACUUUAUUGCUCAUGCGCGAAUGGUGUCCGAAAACGCCAAGAGCGCUAUCAAGAAGGCGGGGUCUGUCAAGAGGCUUGUCUUGCUGUCGAGCGUGGGCGCGCAGUAUGAUCAUGGUGUGGGAGAAAUUUUGGGAAAUCACGAGGCUGAAGUAGCACUGAAGGAUGCUGCGCCUGAAGUUGUGUUCGUGCGCGCAUCAUAUUUCAUGGAGAACUGGGCCUCGUGCAUAGAGACGGUCAGGAGUGAUGCAUUCUUCUUUUCGACGGUCACGCCACUGAAUUUGGAGCUGCCAAUGAUUGCUGUGCAAGACAUUGGCACCACCCUCGCCGCCGAAUGCCUCGCAGCGGGCAGCGCGCUUGAGUCGAAACCCUACAUCUACGAGCUCCACGGCCCGCGCCCAUACACAUCGCUGGAUGUGAAGCGUGGAUUUGAUGAGAUCUCUUCGAAGAACGUUGAGAUCCGGCCCAUUGAGAAGGCCGGUCUUGCCGACUACUACGGCGCUGUGUUCCCGCCGUCGGUUGCGAAGGGAUUCACAGAGAUGAACGAGAGCUUCCUUCCUGGAGGCAUUCUCUAUGAGAAUCCGAACCCCACUGGGGUCGUUCGGCAUGGGAAGACUGAGCUGGCUGUGGUUCUGAGACAGCUGUAUGAGGCUUGA